GCAAUGAUGCCUCUGUAAUACAGUUACCAAAGAUAUUUCCAUCGAAAGCUCUCAUUCAAGACUAUCGUCACUUUGGGCCUCGCUGGAAGGAAAGUUUCUGCAACAAGAUGCCAGGUCUUAUCAACCCAGAGAACGGCCAGAAUCUGCUGCUCAGUUCAUCCGAAGUCUCGUCUUGUAUGACUGGCUACACCCUCGGGAUGUGUGCCUCAUUAACCUACACCAACAUGGAGGAUCACCCAGUCAAAGGACUUUUCAUCUAUCCUGUGGAUGAGUUCACUACCAUGGUCGGAUUCGAGGCAACAGUUUCUGGGCGCAUAGUAACAUUGCAAAUAAAAGACAAAGCUAAAUUAGAUGACUGUUAUUUUGACUGCAGUAAUAUUUCAUCUGGAACCUUCCAGAAUGGUCACUUUGUACUGGAUGAGGACUUGGAGAGGACGGUGUUUGCAGUGAAUUUGGGAACAAUUACUCCACUGGAAACAGUGACCAUUUUGAUAAGCACCUCGCUGGAGCUACAGACUUUGCCCAAUGGCACCAUCCGGCUGGUGCUUCCGCCUGUCUACGUCCCCACACUGGUUACGCUUGGCAGCGAUUCACAGACCACGGCAGAAAGCCAGCUCAAAAGGAGGAAUAGAGACCGCUGCUGCUCAAACCACCAACAUCACAAGGAGACUGGCAGCCCACUGUGUUUAGCAAAGCUCUUGGAUGAUGAGGUCACCAACGCCAUCGUGUAUGACUUCAGUUUUCGCCUUGAAAUACGAGCACCGUGCUUGCUGGCAGGUGUCGAAAGCCCGACGCACUCGAUCCGCGCUGAUGCCGACCCCACUGCAGUAUGUGCUAGCAGCGUGACGAUCACCUUGGCAGAGAAGCACACCUUCGACAGACCUGUGGAGAUCAUCAUUCAUCCCAGCGAACCACAUGUGCCUCAUAUCUUGGUGGAGAGCGGAGAUAUGGCAGCUGAUGAAUAUGAGCAACUUUUAAAAGGAAAAAGUGAUUUUGUCAAAGGAACCAAAAAGAAUCCGAGCUCAGAAAAGAAGAGGGAGAUAAUUAGAAAACGCCUGAACAAGGACAUUGGGCACCACCCUGUCGUCAUGCUGAAUUUCUGCCCGGAUUUAAAGAGCUCCCACCCCGACCUAAGGAUGGCUCAAGGAGAAUUCAUUUUCCUCAUUGACCGCAGUGGAAGUAUGAGUGGGAUAAACAUCAGUCGAGUUAAGGAAGCAAUGCUGGUUGUCCUGAAGAGCCUGGCGCCAUCAUGUCUGUUUAACAUCAUCGGCUUUGGCUCCACGUUCCGGACCUUGUUCCCAGCAAGCAGGUCUUACAAUGAAGAGACGCUGGCUGCAGCUUGUGACUACAUCAGGAAGGUCAGGGCUGACAUGGGCUCCACAAACCUGCUGACUCCACUGAACUGGAUCUUCCGGCAACCCGUCCACAGGGGUCACCCCCGCCUCCUGUUCCUGCUGACAGACGGCUCCGUUAGCAACGUGGGAAAAGUAAUCACUCUUAUCCGCAACCACGCGCAGACCUGCAGGUGCUAUAGUUUUGGUAUUGGACAGAAUGCCUCCCGAAGACUUGUCCUGGGACUUGCCUCUGCUUCGAAAGGUGUGGCGGAGUUUCUGGAUGAAGGGGAAAGAUUGCAGCCAAAGAUGGUAAAAUCCCUGAAGAAAGCUAUGGCCCCCUUCCUCAGUGACAUCACUGUUAAUUGGUUCUUUCCUGUGACAACUGAGGUUCUCCCAUCUCCAAUGGGGACGAGUUUUCUGUUCCCCGGAGACAGAUUAAUCGAAUAUUGCGUUGUGUGUGACACUUCAAGAUAUCAGUCUAACUCCAAGUCAAGCGAUGAGUGGAGGUGCAGCCAGACCUGGUCUCAGCAGUCCAGCAGCUCGGUCUUUUACCACUCGCAGGAGGAGGACGCCGAGAACUGGAGAGGGUGCCGAGAUUCCGCCCGGGAAGCCACCUCCAUGAUUGAUGACCCUGAGAAGGAAGGUGUCGACACAGAAACCGCUCACAGAAGACGAGCUUUCAGUAGCAAUUGCAUCGGCAGACAGCGUGACUCCAAGAGAUCUUUCACCCCCAGUGACCCGGGGUCAGAGUUCAAUAAAAACCCUCUUCGAAGGGCACGUGCUCAGCAGCUUGUGGGAGGGAGCAGCCCGGAACGACUCUCUCCAUCUCCAGGGGACUUCCCGAGAGAUGGAUCAAGCUCGUACAUGAACAUCACAGGAUCGAGACUCGGUGGGAAGAUAAGACCGUCCUUGCUGCAUCAGAGCUGUGUUUCAAACAGUCAGGAUUCGGAGUCCUCCCAGAUGCAGGGUAUCACUCAGCAGGGACCCUCAGCAAGGGGCAUGUUGCCCUGUGAGGGGAGCCUCACCUCCAGGUCAUCGACAGAGAGUGCGUCCUUCGGCAGCAGCACCAAACCUGGAUAUUUUCACUAUCGAUCCUCGACUCUCGAAGAUGAGCCAUCAUUUGAUCUCCAGGACCAGUCGCAGAUUUGUAAUGCAGGCUGCCUUCAGAGCAAGCUCGAUUGCAAGGCAGUCAUUUCUGGUUUGCUCUGUGGCAAAGUCACUGAGUGGGAAGUCACGUUCGAUCUUCAGUCACUUCUUAAUCAGCGGGCAAACUGUAAGACGCCGCAGGAAGACUUGUGGAGCGAAACAAUCCACCAGCUGGCAGCCAAGUCUCUUAUCCAAGACUUUGAGCAACUGGCCGAGAAGGAGACCGAGAUAGAACAGGGCUCUGGACGAAGAUACCAGCUGAACGCAAUUCAAACCAGCAAAGCGUGCAAUGUCAUCAGCAAGUACACAGCUUUUGUCCCUAUCUAUCUUGACAACAAAGAGUAUCUGCCAAACGUCAUCGAGUAUUCAAGUUCAGCUGUUGGGUCAAAGCCAGGAAGUUACAGGAGGUCACACUCAGGAAGUCGGAGGAACAGAACGUACUCUGGGAGCCUUGGACGCUCACAGUCUGGAUACACACCCGAUGGAACAGAAGAUGCUUUGUCUGUUCUGACAUCAGAGAAUACUAAAUCACCGUGCACAUCUCCUUCGUCCUCGGGGUGGGAGAGAAACACUGAAGCUUCACUGAAAAGUCCUUCAAUUUCAUCACAACGAUCCACCGAGAGCCUUUUUUCUGCAAGACUGAGCUUCAACAAGACUCGAAUGUUGUCCCUGGCUGCAAAAGGCUUUAUGUCCCGGUCAACCAGCAAGAUGAGUGAGUCGAUUAGUGAGCCGGAGACCAAAAACAAUGACUACACAUCUCUGGUCAAUUUGCAGUUGGCAUCCGGGGCUUUCCUGCUUAACCCAGCAUUUUGCAAAGCCAUCAACAUCUCCAUGGAUCAGCUGAAGUGGACUUCCCCCUUCAUGUGCCACCGCUCCAGCGUCAGUCCCACGUCGCACAUGCACGCCCGCAGAUUCGCCAGCAAGAGGGCGUCCCAGAGGAAUGGGUCUGCAGAGAGUGCUCCUCAGAAGGAAGCAGGGAACACGGGGAGUCUGAGUUACUUGGACAUAGACGGGGUUGGGGGAGAGUCCAACAGGUUAAGGUCUCGCCACUUCUCGAGCAGCCUGGUGGAGAUCCAGUCAGGGGAUGCCAGUGGAAGUUGUGAGCUGCUCAAUCCGCCGGCUCCCGUUCGCCGAUCUUCCUCCCCAGGGAUCCCCCAGGCCUCAAACGCCACGCGGGCCGACGGCGCUCCCGAGACGAGUGCCGCCAGCGGUCCGUUCCUGACCGCCCCUGGUGAGUGGCAGCAACCUCUGCACGCCGAGGGAGCAGUCUGGUCCACGGCGGUGGCCCUGGCCUGGCUGGAGCACCGGUCGGCCGCCUACUUCAUUGAGUGGGAGCUGGUGGCUGCCAAGGCCUGCAUGUGGCUGGAGGCCCAGGAGAUACCGGAGGAGAGGGACCUCGCCUCUGUCAAAGCUGCAGCAAGGCAGCUCUUUGUCUUGUUACGUCACUGGGAUGAAAACCUACAGCUGAAUAUGUUGUGCUACAACCCAAACAGUGUUUAACAGCUUUCCCUCGGAGUCCUUAGGCAGCCAAGUCAGUAUUUAUCCUUAAUGUAACUCAAAUUCAAGUUUAAUUGUCAUUCAACUAUACAUGAAUAUCCAUGAAUACAGCCAAACGAAACAAUACUCCAGGGCCAAGGUGCAAGACACAGUCACACACGGCACAAGGCACAUAUAGCACAUAGAAGAGAGCAGUAAAAUACAGCCACACAUUCCAUGGUUGCUGUCAGAAAGAACAAGCAUGCAACAGUCUGCAGACAAACACAAUCCAUCUUGUCUUCGACCGAGCGAACACUAGAGGGCAGCACUGAUGCCAGCAUUGACACCAUGCCCCACCGCCUCUGGAGUCACCUCUCCUGGGCAUCCGCCACAGGCGUCACUGCGACAUGAGGGCUAGUCCGUGCUACAGCCCAGGCCACGCAUCUCCCCCGCCUGCCAUCACCCGCCAAUAAACCCCUGAACCGGACUUGCAAUAUUCCACAUUACCAAUGCCCAACAGGGUCUUGCAAUCACAAGAAAAAUGACUAAGAUGAACGCUUGUUGUCAGACUGCACACCGCCUUUGCGAGCAGACUCCGAUGCCUCUCUGAUCAGGCAGGAACACGAUCCAGCUUCCUCAGUUCCUCCACCAGCCAGCAAAUUGCUGAUGCGGAAGGCCUGCCAUACUAGAAGUUCUUAAGGUCCAGCGUUAGGCACGUGGAGGCAGCUGUGUCCAAGUGCACUGCCACCUUAACCUUACAGACAAGUUUUCCAUAAUUUUAGAUCUACAACACACUCAGUGGACUCCUUCAUCUAUGAUGCUGCUGUUGUGGGGGUGGCAAUAGAGAUGGGACAGUAUUUGAGGAUAGUGCUGUGUUUACUGGUUGAAUCUCCCAGAAGAAAUUCCACGUUUCAAACCCAGGUCUUGAGUAAUUGUUCAGCAGAGUCUCGGCAGAACCCUUUGCUUUAUGAAUCUUCUGCUUCCCACAAACAGUACCUGGUUGGAGGGCUGUUCCAUCUAAACUCAACAGCCACUUUAUUAGCUACCUCCUGUACCUAAUCAGAAUCUGAAUUAAUAUCAUUGCCAGAUGAUGAGAAAUUUGCUGUUCCAUGUCAGCAGCAUAUUGUAAUACAUUAUUUUUUAAACCAAAAAUUACAAUAAGAAAUAUAUAUAAAAAAUUAAAUUAAGUAAGCAGUGCUAAAAUAGAGCAAAAAAUAGUAAUGUAUUUACCUCUACCUAACAGUAGGUAGGGCUAGUGCUCAUGAAGGUUCCCACCUCCAUGUCA